AUGUGUAAUCCUAUAUUUUACAAGACCUCUAGUCUUGUUGAACCAGACGACGACUUUCUCCGUAAUUUCCGAGGCCAUAUGACGUCAAAGCCUAAGUGUGAAGAUGGAACCUUCGGCCCGGGCUGCAUUCACAAAUGUAGUGGGAAUUGUAGGGAUGAAUCACAAUGUAAUAAAGCGACAGGAGUUUGUGACUUUGGCUGUAGUCCGGGCUAUACAGACCCUUUUUGUAACACGGCAUGUGUAGAUGGGAAGUUUGGAAUCCAAUGCAAAGAGGCUUGUAGUGGUCAUUGUCUUAAUCUCACAAAAUGCAAUCAUAUAGAUGGAAGCUGCAGUAAGGGUUGUGAAAAUGGAUAUACAGGAGAUAGGUGUAACAAUCCAUGUGAGGAUGGCUUGUUUGGUGUAAAUUGUUCUCAGAUAUGCCCAAUAAAUUGCCAGCAAUCUCAGAAAUGUAAUAACAGAGACGGUUCUUGUAUUUGUUCUCCUGGAUGGACUGGACAACACUGCAACAAAGAAUGUGAACCAGGAUUUUACGGCCAAAAUUGUCUGAGUAUCUGCAGAGAUUAUUGUCUUAAUGGUACGUGUAAUAGAACUGAUGGUAGUUGUUUAGCUAAGUGCAGUAAUGGAACUUCGUGCAAAAAAGGAGGAGAACCCAGUGUUUUGCUACCAAUUGUUCAGUCAUCCAGUGCCCUUACUGUGGGUGGCGUUUUAGGGGCAUUUGCUGUAGUUAUCAUUAUUGUCCUGUUAACAUUCUUAUACCUACGGUAA